AUGAGCACGAUCUGCCGCCUGCAGCGCAGCAGCUGGGCAGGCACCGCCGGCGGCGGCACGAGGCGCGCCGCCGCCGCCGCCGCGCCGUCGCCCGCACCUACCACGGCAGCGUGGGCACCGCGCGUUGCAUACGCCCACGCCAGGAGCGCGGAGCAGCAGCGCAGGCGCGGCGCGUGCGCAGCCCUGCGUGCCACACCAGUUAGCGGCACGGCGGCGGCGGUGGCCGACGCCCCUCCCGCCGCCAGCAGCCCCGAGGAGCAGGAUCGCCUGGUGGAGGGCCUGAUGGCCUUCCUGCGGGAGGACUUGCAGCACCUGUUUGACGACCAGGGCAUCGAUGCGGGCAAGUACGACCCAGAUGUCGUGUUUGAGGACCCCAUCACCUACUACAACGGAAUACAGGGCUACCUCUUCAACAUCGCCUUCCUGCGCCGCGUCUUCACCCCCACCUUCACCCUGCACGACGUGCGGCGCAGCGGCCCCCUGGAGGUCACCACCCGCUGGGCCAUGAGCAUGAGCCUGAGCUUUGCGCGGGGCACGCCGCUGGGGCGGGUGUGGGACUCCACCCUCACCUUCACCGGCACCAGCAUCAUGGCCAUCAACCCGCAGACGGGCCGCUUCUGCCGCCACGUGGACACCUGGGACGCGAUCCAACAGCAGCGCUACUUCUCGCUGGAGGCAUUUGCCCACAUGCUGCAGCAGGUGGGCGACCUGCGGAAGGGACCCCAGGGGGCGGCAGCAGGGCAGUACGAAGUACUGCUGAAACGCAAGCAGUAUGAAGUACGCAAGUACACGCGGCUCCCGCAGGGCGCGCCUGCCUAUGGCGGCGACGGCAGCGAGGCCGGUGCCGGCGGCGGCAGCGGCGGCGUGUACGCUGUGGCCGACUUUAGCGGGGCGGCCAGCCAGGCUGCUGCUGCUGCUGUGGAGCAGGCGCUGCGACGGGCGCUGUUGGCGGACGGGCUGCGGCCGGCGGGGCGCUGCUGGCAGCUGGUGGCAGGUGGCGGCGACGAGGGCGGGCCCAACCCGGCGCGGUGGCGCAACGAGGUGCUCGUCCCGCUGGAAGCCUUCCAGCUGUGGGCGUGA